AUGGGUGAGCGCCGCUUUACGGUCGCGCGACCGGUGACAAGGGCUCGUGCUCGAGCCUGGUGCCUAGAGCUACCAGUCACUGCCGGUCAGCACCGUCGAGCUCUCGAUCCUGAGAACCUUGUCCGGACCCGAGAACUACGAAACACUGAAACCAUCGAUCCCGCAAUCCCGAAGCCAAAUCCACACGACGGAAAUGGAGAUCAAUGUCUUGCCGAGGAUCCUAAGGAGCAUGGCCCUAAAGUCGUGGACUUACUGCAGAAUAUGGAAUUUCCGAAACUAGAUGGUGAUGCGCCGAUUGACGAUAUAAUCGACAAGUGUUGGCACAAUAAAUAUGCCACGGUUGCAGCAUUGCCCGCGCACACAGAGACGCUUAUUACUGAAGGAACCAAACAGGAGGGAACCAACGCCGAGUCAAUCUCCGUCACCCGACGGCACAUGGUUAUAGGCCGUAUAAUUCGUGGGUUAUGGUGCAGCCUCGGGAACUGGCGGACAUUGGUGCGACAGAUCCUAGGUCUGGCUGGACCCUCUUUGCUUCCCGACAUCGCUGGGGUUCUUACCAGGCAGAUACCCCUCACAGGUUUCUCGCUUUCCCUGUGCAGCUCCACCUUCUCAAUCAAGCCGACAUGA